AUGAAUUAAGACGGAUUCGAAUAUUUUGAUGAAGGUAAUCAUUGACUAAAUUUAUUAAAUAGAUAUUAUAAGUAGUAGGCCCUUGGAACAUUUUCACUAAGUGAAUCAAUCUCCUCAAUAAAAGAAUUUCAAUUUUCUAGUUGUUUAAAAAAUGAAUGUAGAAGGACCUAGUAUAAUGUAAAAAUACUUAGUUGAGCCACUAUAACAUGUUGGUUAGACAGCAGUUGAAGUAGAAUUUUAAUAAAUAUACAAUAGGGUACAAAAAAUGCUCUAUUCUAACUCCCAUAAUGGUUUAAAUGGGGAGCAUCGGAAUUAUUCAAUAAAUUAUCAUCUACUUUACAUAAAACUCUAGAAUCAAAACAACCUCAAUAAGAGUAGAACUAAUAAAUACAACCAAAUCCACCUUAAGAAGAUAAUAUAGAUGAAAUUCCUAUUGUUUUUGUUGUUCCAAAGGAAGUUAUGGAAGGACCAAUCGCUGAUAGAUUAAGAUGGAUUGAUAAACACAGAGAUAACUGUGAAGUUUUCAUUCCUUUCGAAAAACCAUUAAAGUAUGAAUUAUUUAUUCAUAAAGAUUGGAAAAUUUUAAUGGGAUACAAAGUUCUUCAUCAUCUUCAAGUAGUCCUGAUGAUUGUGAUUUUUAAGUUAGAAGAAUUUCAUAAGAAUUUAGAUCUGAAUAUUCUGCGUCUGAAUUAUUUCCAUCUACAUAAAGUAUGAAAUCAAAAUUGAUGUAAUCAAACAAAAGAUUUAUCAUGUCUUAAGAUGAUUAUAAAUUAUUAACUUAAUAGAAUAAUGAAAAUUAAAAUUAAACUGAACCUUAAAAUAUUAUACUUUAUCCCUUUUUAGGUGAUUUGAUUCCAAAAGAAUAAGUAUUAGAACAAAUUAAAUAAUACUAAUUUUAAUAAUCAACUUUUACUGUUAUUUAACCAGAUAUGGAAUAAAUAUAAACCUAAUAAAUUCCAUAAUAGAAUUAAUAUGAUCAAUAAGAUCAAAAUAAAUAAAAUUAAUUUGUUCCUCUAUCGUUAAAUGGAAUAAAAUUUGAAGAGAAUGAUUGGAAAUUAAAAUAACAAUAAUAAUAAUAAUAAUAAUAAUAAUAAUAUAAAUUAAUAUAAGAAUAAGAUUAAGAAUAAUAAUUAGAGGCUAUGUUAGAAGUUUGA